AUGCUGGACAUCAAAGUCACACCGCAAACAACGAUUAGAGUUAAAAGAAACAAGAAGUCCUCGACUUUUAUUGUACAUAACAACUCCAUGGAAAGCGUAGGAUACAAGAUCAAAACAACCAAGCCCAGAGACUACAUAGUAAGACCAAACAUGGGCCUGAUAGUACCUAUGCAGCAUGCCGAGAUUGAAGUAACCCUCUCUGAAACCACUGUUCCCGAUAAUACACACAAGUUCCUUAUAGAGAUCUACAAGUUCGACUGGAGAAGAUCUCUAAAUGACUUCAAGCAUUAUCUCAAGUCUGUCUCGCCUAAGCCAUGCUGGACAUCCAGAAUAGGAAUAUUGUACGAAGAAGAGGAGAAGAUAACCAAAGAAACCGUCGAGUGUUCAGAGGAUCGAGGUGCCAUUGUACUUUUUGUCCAUAUCUACAUUCUUUGUAACGUUCUUUAUCUAUUUUACAGGUUCUUUGAGUGA